AUGACAAAGAAAGUUGAGUUUGAGUUGGAGCGACUCACUAAACAAGGUAUAAUUGAACCAGUAAAGUUUUCGGAAUGGGCCGCACCCAUUGUUCCAGUAUUAAAGCCAGAUGGUACUGUACGCAUAUGUGGUGACUACAAGUUAACAGUGAACCAAGUUUCAAAGCUGGAGCAGUAUCCCUUACCAAUGGUGGAGGAUGUAUUUGAAAAGCUGACGGGAGGUGAAAAGUUUAGUAAGCUGGACCUCAGUCAGGCAUAUCAACAAGUGAUUUUGGAAGAAGGGUCAAAGGCAUAUGUCACCCUUAAUACACACAAAGGUUUGUUCCAAGUCAAUCGUUUACCCUUUGGGGUUUCCUCUAGUCCAGCGAUUUUCCAGAGAAUAAUGGAGGGACUGGUGGCAGGAAUUCCGAAGGUGGCUGUGUAUUUAGACGACAUCCUGUUGACGGGUAGGAACAAUCGAGAGCAUUUAGAGACGCUGAACGAGGUGCUGAGACGACUGCGAGAGGCAGGUCUGAGGGUGAAGCGGAGUAAAUGUGCUUUCAUGGAAAAGGAAGCAGAGUUCUUGGGUUACAAGGUGGAUGCAUCGGGCCUACACCCCCUGCCAAACAAGGUAAAAGCUAUCCAAGAGGCACCUGCACCAACAAAUGUUACAGAGCUGAAAGCCUACUUAGGCUUACUCAACUAUUAUAACAGGUUCCUGCCAAAUCUGUCAACGCUGUUAGCUCCUUUACAUAAGCUCUUAAGGAAGGAGACACGAUGGUUGUGGCAAGAGGAACAGGCCAGAGCAUUUGAGCAGUCAAAGGAACUAAUGCAGUCCUCAGAGGUUUUGGUGCAUUAUGAUAGUCACAAGGACUUAAUUUUGUCAUGUGAUGCCUCACCUUAUGGGUUAGGAGCUGUGUUGGCACACCGGAUGCCAGAUGGACAAGAGAGACCCAUUGGGUUCAUGUCACGAACUUUGACAACAGCAGAGUCAAACUAUUCUCAGCUAGACAAAGAAGGGUUGGCUGUAAUGUUUGGAAUUAAGAGGUUCCACAAAUACCUCUAUGGCAGGAAGUUUACUAUUUGUACCGAUCAUAAGCCAUUGUUGUCACUGUUCAAUGAGAUGAAAGCAGUGCCGCAGAUGGUUUCUCCACGAAUUCAGAGAUGGGCUGUAACUUUGAGAGCUUAUGAAUACGAGAUUGUGUAUAAGCCAGGGAUACACCAUAGCAAUGCGGAUGCGCUGAGCCGUCUGCCGAUACCAGGGCAGCUCAAGGAAGAGGAAACGGAGGACCGAGUUUUGAUGAUGGAGGACAUCACGUUGGUGUCUGCAAAGGAACUGAGUGUCUGGACACGAAAAGAUCCGAUACUAGCUAAAGUGUUUCAGUGGGUCCAACAAGGCUGGCCAAUUCAACAAACUGAUGCAGAUUUUCGGCCUUAUGAGGUGAGAAAAACAGAGCUGAGUGUGCAAGCUGGAUGCGUGUUGUGGGGGGCACGAGUGAUAAUUCCACCUCCAGGAAGACGUGCACUGUUACAGCAAUUGCAUCAAGGUCAUGUGGGCAUUACCCGAAUGAAGGCCUUAGCACAAAGUUAUUUCUGGUGGCCCAAGUUGGACCACGAUAUUGAAGUCGCUGUGAAAGAGUGUAACAUCUGUCAAGAGCAUCGCAACUUACCGAUGGGGGCACCAUUACAUCCAUGGGAGUGGCCGAGCCGACCUUGGCAGAGACUUCACAUAGAUUAUGCAGGACCAUUUAUGGGAGCCAUGUUUCUGAUAAUCAUGGAUGCUCAUUCUAAAUGGAUGGAUGCCUAUCCAGUCAAAACACCCACUUCUACCAUUACUAUUGAAUGCUUAAGGAAGAGUUUCAAAUUUCGCAGACCUGAACCACUGGUGUUUGAUAACAGUAUAGCUGAGAAUUGGAGAGUGUUUGAACAAGAAUAUGAUAUUUUCAUACGGGCUGCUUUUUCUGUUACAGAUGCACAUACAAAAUCUUUCAUUCUUCUUAAUUUAGCAGGUUUGGAAGCCAUUAAGAAGGAAUGUUUAUUUGUGUAUGCAGCUGCUGUGUAUGCAGAGUAG